AUGCCCUGCGGCGACCCGGCGUCGUGUCUGCCCGUCUGCGAGCUGUCGCUGCCGACGCUCGAGCUCGCGCGCGCGUCGGCCUGGCAGGACCUCUGCGUGGUCUGCGGGUCGGGCGAGACGAAGGACUGCCUCGACUCGUCGCCGGGCGAGCCGCCGCUGCCCGCGGACGGCCUCGCUUUCGUCAAAAAGGCGCCGAAGCGCGGCGGCGAGCUCCUCUUCUGCGUCGACUGCGGCGAGGCGUGCCACGCCAUGUGCGCCUCGACGCCCAUCGACUCCAUGUCCGACGCGGCGCGCGCGACGUGGCGCUGCCCGAACUGCAAGGUCUGCGAGCUCUGCGGCGAGAGUAAAGUCGACGACGAGUCGCGCCUCCUCUACUGCGAUCUGUGCGACAAGGCCUACCACCUCGACUGCGUGACGCCGAAGCUCGACGUCGCGCCGCCGGGCCGCUGGAUCUGCGGGCUGUGCGUCACGUGCCGCCACUGCGGCAAGCACAAGCACGCCGCGGGCGGCUGGAGCUCGAGGUUGGACUGCUGCCUGGACUGCACGGUGAAGCCUUCCGCGGCGCCGCGCAAGGGCAACUGCGCCGCGGGCGCGGCCUGCUUCCACGCGUCGCGGGACGCCAUCUCCGCGCGCGUCAGUGUGGCGUUCCCGUCGACGCAGAUGAAGCGGUGCCCCUACUGCGCCGCGUACUUCCACGAGGCCUGCGCCUGUGUGGAACUCAAAUCUUCAACCCGACUUCAAUGUGCGCGUAAUCGAACGGUUCGGACCAGAAUCUUCGUCUGUGCUUCGAGAACUCGGUGA